AACAACAGCCAAUCGUUGCUUUUGGUGCGUCCAUUUCACCAUACCUAACAACUCCAUCGACCGGGCCAGUUGCGUCCUACUUCACCACUUGCUCCGCUUCACAUAUUUCUUCUUCAACAUCCCGUUGCAAAUGUACUAUCGUAUUUAAGGCACUGCCACCUCUGCCGUACACAACAUCGGUCCCAGAACGUGUAUCGUCGCCACCACCAGUGCCACCUCUUCGUUCUACAUCACUGUCGCAUUGCUGCUCUUCGCUUUCGCAGUCAUAUCCGCGUACGUUUUCGUUAACGUUAUCGGUGUCGCCAGCAGCAAGUCAUGUUAGCAGCAGUAGUAGUUGCCCACGGCUCGCAACGAUUACGACAGGAACGGCAACGGCACGCACGCACUCGGAGACGAAAAGCAGAAAUUGCAGUUUCUGUAGCGACGACGACGACGACGAAGAUAACAUUCCUAACAGUGGCAUAAUGGUAUUAAGCACCGAAUGGUCUCAGGUGGAAGUAAUCGAUUUGGUUAACGAUGGCAAUGGUUUGGGCUUUAUUUUGGUCGGUGGACGCAGCACCGGCGUUGUGAUCAAAGCUCUAACGCCGGGCGGUGUUGCAGAACGUGAUGGCCGUUUGCAGUGUGGCGAUCAUUUGUUGCAAAUUGGCGAUGUAAACUUGCGUGGCUUCAGUUCCGAGCAAGUAGCAACGGUUCUUCGUCAGACUGGAGCUCAGGUUCGAUUGAUUGUUGCGAGGCCUGUGGAGCCGACAGCCAUCGAUUUACAAACGUUGGCAAGUCAUGCGCCAAUUAUUCCAACUAAGCUCCUCUCCGACCCAGAAGAACUGUCACGGCAUCUCUUUCAAAAUCCCAGCUUUGCUACUAGUGCUACAAGCGUUGGCGAUGGCGGCGGCGUCGGCGUGGGCGUCAGCGGCUGCUUCCUGCCAACGCCGGAUACUGAACUAGCCGAUUUGCCACUGCCACCUAUACCAACUGAUUUGCCGUUGUCUGCGUCUGCAGCGGCGCGCAUGUGUCCCAAAGAUUUGGAUAUCGUACCAUUUUCGAUUGUGUCACCGUCACCGCCACCACUGUUGCCCCCACCGCCUCUGCCGUCGACGUCGAUUACGACGACAGCGUCGACCGUUGGCACAACGGGCUUACUGUGUCAGCAGUUCGACCUCACCAACACCACCGGCACCAUCAUAAAAAACUCAAACACCCUUCAAUUGGAACAUAUUGAGACUGUGAUAGCUGGCGAAGAUGCUGGCACCUCAACGAUCGCACCGGACCCAGCAACCAUUGACGCCGACCGCUGCUCAUCGGCCUCAUCAAACUACAUCGAUUCACCCGAAACAGAAACUUAUGUUGUAGAGUUACAUAAAAAUGUCUAUGGAUUGGGUAUAACUGUGGCCGGUUAUGUCUGUGAAGAGGAAGAUCUUUCAGGCAUAUUUGUAAAAAGCAUAAUCGAGGGUAGUGCCGCCGAAGUGAGUGGGCGCAUACAGAUCAACGAUCGCAUUGUUGCGGUAGAUGGACGUUCUUUAGCAGGUGUUACUAACCACCAAGCAGUUGAGAUAUUGCGCAAUACCGACAUCGAAGUUCAUCUGACCUUGGAACGCUUUUUACGCGGACGCAAGUUUGAACAUUUACAGAAUGCACUCACGGAAUUGAAAGGAGAUAUCCAAUCACAAACUUCACUGCCCGCAUCACCCUCGAUCGCUACACUUUCCUGGCUGCCACCGCGGUCGGAUGCCGAUUCUGUGGCCACUGAGGGUGGUAUUGUUAUGUUGGAAUUCGCAGAUUUUCCAUCACGGGAGACGGUCGACUCUAACAUGUCACACAUGCUAGAUCGCAGCGACUACAGCGGCAUUAGUAAUUCGAAACGACAAAAGACUCCAACAACGCCAGACGCCAAGCACAUGGCCAAUGGAAAAGCGACGCAUAUCAACGGAAGCGAUAAUGGUGACAGUGAUGAACACGACUCAGCAACGCUGGAGGAUCAGUCGGAGGAGAAAGAACUGCAAACACCUAAAAUGACGCACCAAAUCAUGAAACAAUUAAAUGGCAGCCGAAAGAAAUCUGACAUUACAGUUUUGGCGACAGUAUCGAUUGCGCCCACACAGCUAACGAUAUCUACAACGGCGGUGGCGGUGACAACAACAAUGGCAGUACCUGUGGUAACAUCGGCAUCAAGGGCAACGGUAACGGCAACGGUGACAACGAAAACUCCCAAAGCCGCCACAUCAACUCAGGCCCCGUCCAAUGUGGAGACGCUGAAGCUGACCUGGAAAAGUGAGUUUCCUGAAAGUGAAAUUAUUGUAGCCGAAAUAAAUAAACUUUCAGGUCUAGGAAUCAGCCUUGAGGGCACCGUGGAUGUUGAACGAGGCAUAGAAAAGCGUCCACAUCACUACAUACGCUCCAUACUGGAAGAUGGGCCUGUGGGGCGACAAGGGAUACUCAAGCCGGGUGACGAACUGCUGCAAGUGAACGAAUACAAAUUGCAAGGACUCAAGCAUACGGAAGUCGUUAAGAUACUUAAAGAGCUGCCAACGCAUGUAAAACUAGUUUGUGCGCGUGGUCCCACCGCACCGUCCGUGAUAAACACCUCACAAAAUCCAGAGGCAUUCGAAACACGCUCACUGCUACCCGGUGGUCAUCAGAGUCUACAAAAUCUACUGACGAAGGCGCAAUCAGAAAGUUCCCUCUACACAUCGAGCACUGCCACGCUGACCGAUCAGCAACGUUCCAAAUCGUUGGAAAAUGUUUCUGGGCUAGCACUUUGGAGCAGCGAAGUCACUACCAUCGAAAUUGAGAAAGCCGAACUAGGCUUCGGUUUCUCCGUACUUGAUUAUCAAGAUCCGCUGGACGCCGAAGGCACUGUUAUUGUAAUACGCGGUCUUAUACGUGGUGGCGCAGCAGAAGAGACCAAUGAGAUCUUCCCCGGCGAUCGGUUGGUCAGCGUCGGUGAACACACCUUACAUGGUCUCAACUUGGACCAGGCAGUGGCGAUACUCAAAAGCAUGCCAGUGGGGAAAACAAAAUUGGGCAUUUGCAGACCUCUUUCAACGUCGGACAGCAAUAUAGCAUCGCCAGCUGAGGAGGGCGACUCACCGAGCACAUAGUUUUUAAGGAACUUUUACUAUUUCGUCGCAUUUUCGCGAAUUUAAGUCACAACGCUGCCAAAGCGCGGAUGAGUUCACCUCACUUCACCACCAUUAUACCAAUGCAAGCAUCCCCCUUUUGAAGUGGCAAAGUAGCCGAAUGCGAUGCAAAAUGGCGACUAGUAGCUGAAGGUUGAAGCGGAGCGCAGCGUAAUGCAGAGGGAUAUGAUUGGACAGAGCAACUAUGAGGCUGCUGACAAAGUGAAGUGCUGUAAAUAUUUUGUUAGCGCAAUAAAUUACUUAACAAAAUUAGUAUGUACUUAUAAGAUUUAGUGCUAGGUAAUUAGCUCUUAGCGAAUUUGAAAUAAUAAUCAUUCUAGCAACAAGUAAAUACGCAAAGGGUGGCCGUAAAAGUGCAUAUAACAAAACGGCAAAGUGGUACUAAUAAUUUCGUUGCAGAUCAAGAAAUGCUUUGCAUGCUAAUACGAGUAUAAGCGAAUACCCAGAUUUCAUCGUCACUGAAUUCAAAAUUAUUAUUUAGCUUUUGAGCUUUCCCGUUUCACCUAUUACCUAUUUACUAUGUGACACCUAUUUAUUAAGUGAUUU